AUGGAGGCCCUGUUGGGUUCUCUUGACGUAUGGGAGCUGAUCGUGGAUGGAUAUGUGAAGCCAGAAUCAGCCGAGGCAGAAGCGGCAUUGGAGAGGGCAGAAAAGAAGUUAUUACAAGAUUUGAGAAAAAGAGACAAGAAAGCUCUUUAUACAAUUUAUCAAGGGCUUGAUGAUUCAAUGUUUGAAAUUGUCUCUGAAGCAAAAACAUCAAAGGAUGCUUGGGAACUCCUCAAGAAAGCAUACAGUGGAAUAGAGAAGGUGAAGAAGGUUCGUCUACAAGUUCUAAGAACUCAGUUCGAGACUCUACACAAAGAAGGUACUGAAUCAAUUUCAGAUUAUUUUACUAAAGUUUUGUCUAUUGUGAGGCAAUUAAGAAGAAAUGGAGAAAAGAUAGAAGAUGUUCGAGUGAUGGAGAAAAUCUUGCGAUCCCUAGAUGCAAGGUUUGAUCUUGUGGCUACAGUAAUUGAAGAAUCAAAAGAUUUGGAGGAGAUGAGUCUAGAACAAUUGAUGGGCUCUCUUCAAGUUCAUGAGCAAAGACUUGCAAAAAGAGAAGAAGGAAAUUCUGUGGAGCAUGCGUUGCAAAUGAAGCUCACACUUGGAGACAAGAAAUCCGAAUCAAGUAGAGGAGGAUUUCAACGAGGACGAGGCAAAGGUUCUCGUGGCAGAGGAAGAGGCGGUAGAUGGCAGCAAUCAAAUGAAACGAAAGAAGGCAAUGAUGAAGGCAAUUCAUUUAGAAGUCGUGGACGUGGUCGUAGUCGUGGUCGCGGUCGAGGCUCAGGCCGUGGACGUGGUGGACAGUCCAAAAUGGAGGCUGCAAUUCCAGCACGUGGUACCUUGAUACGAGUGCCUCAAAUCACAUUGUGUGGAGAAAAGGAGUUUUUCAUUGAGCUUGAAGAAAAACAGUAUGGCAACAUUACUUUUGGUGAUUUAUCUCAAAGACCAGUAAUAGGCAAAGGUAAAAUUUUGCUAGAAUUGAAGAAUGGUGAGCAAAGGUUUGAUCCAUUAACAUUUGAAGAAGCUGUCAAGAAUUAA